UACCAAGAGAACAAGAGAGAGGGAGAGAGAUUAAAGAACAGAGACCUCACCGACAAGAUAAUGCAACAUCCUGGAGAGUCAGUCAUAUACGGCUAAGCCAGUCUACAUUACAAGCAUGUCGUAGCAAAGAGAGGAAACAACACUGUGUGCCCUGAGUAUGCCGACUCCACAUCCAACUGAUUUAGGGGCACUCCCACACAAAAUGCCAGGAUGUCACAGGGAGACGUAGAGUGUGCAUCAGGAAACACCCUUUGUGUGGUCCUGAAUCAUGAAAAGGAAGUGAUUGUAGUUCCUGUUGUACUGCUCGUGAUCUUCCUGGUCGCUCUGUUGACCAUCUUCCUGUUGAAGUUCUGCCCUGACCGCACGCCAGCCCCAACGCUUCUCCCGAACACCACUCCGCCUCAAGGAAACAGAGCGAGCAGACACACACACAGACGCACACGCAGUCAGAGACACAACCUACGGGGCAUAGAUGCUCCUACUGAGCUCAACCCUCUGGAACAUGAGGUGGUACCCAUAACAACCCCUAGCAGGACGAUGGCCCCGCCCACAUUGGCUGCAGUACCGGAGAUGGCCAGCGAGAGGCAGCCUGGUUCCUUCCAGCUGGUCACUCCUCUGCCCAAGUCAUUGUUCGUGAUUCCAGGAGCCUCUGUGACUGUCUACAGGGCCAGGAUGGAGAACAGGGAUGUCGUUCUGAGAGUGCUGAAAGAAUCAGCAGACGCCGGUGAACGGCAGCACUUCCUGGGGUUUGCUUCCUUCCUGUCGGAGCUGGGGCCCCACCCCUUCUUGCCGGAUAUGAUGGGAGUCGUGUCCGUGCGUUCGCCCAUGGUUACAGUGAUAGAGGAGCUGGAGCACAGAGACCUGCUGGGUUAUCUCUGGAGGUGCAGACAGGACCACACAGGUGAGGGGUCACCAUGUGACCUCACAGAAAAACGCAUCUUCAUCAUGGCAGGACAGGUGGCAUCUGCUCUGGAAUAUUUGCACAGCAAGAGCUGUAUCCAUGGCAACUUGGGUGCCCGGAGUGUGCUGGUUGGUCAGGACCUAACAGCCAAGCUCUGGGGGCUGGGCCCAGCGUACAGGAGGCGGGGCCAGAUGGGGACUCCAUGGGAGCUGGAGGACAUGGAGUUGAGGAAGUGGCAGGCUCCUGAGAUACUGGCCAGGAGAGACAUCAAUCAAAGUAGUGAUAUCUGGUCCUUUGGUAUACUGCUCUAUGAGAUGGUGACACUUGGUGACCCUCCCUUCCCAAACGUCCUGGCCAGUGAGCUGCUGCAGUACCUCCAGAGAGGGAACUCCAUGAAGAGGCCUGUUAGCUGUUCUAACUCACUCUAUUCUACAAUUAAGUCCUGCGUGCAGUGGAGUCCCCAGGAGCGCCUCCCCUUGGCUGGGCUGAUCCGGAAGAUCCAAUCAGGAGAGAGAAGUGCCAAUGACAGGACUGUUUUGCGGGUGCCCGAGCCCCUGGACACAGAGAAGUAUCUCAGGGAGGCCGGGUACGGGGAGGCCUACAAUUACGCUGUUCUCUGAUUGGAUGGCUGUGUGGGAGUUUCUCUGGAUUGGUCAGAGGGAACUGCCAGGGUCACCUGAUCUCACACUGAAUAACUGACUCAUGGAAUUUGUCUAAAAGUCCUUCAAAUGAAAAGGAGGACUGAAGUGGAACAAAGUAUACACUGUUUACAGAAAUUAUGUGCCUAAAGAGUAAUAUAUAAUUUUGCCUGAAUGUGUAUCCAUUGUGUGUGUAUGUAUGUAUACAGUAUAAAAUGUGUGUCUGUGUGUGGACAAGCAGAAAACUAAACUUUGCAAUGACAACAUUUACACCAAACCAUCUCUUCCUCUCUUCUAAAAACAGACAUCUGUGAUGGAUAGUUGACAUUGCAAUGAGAAACACGGAGCAAAGCCCUUGCUAACAAACUAAGAUGGAUGCCCUUGUCAGAACAAAGCACUCCCAACACACCACAUCUCCUUUUAGACA